AUGUUUUUGUCACCUAUGAGUCGUAUCGGUUCGGGCAUGGCUGCAAUCAGUUUGUACGGUGGUCUUCUCUUGUUCUCCGGUUUCCUGCUUUAUGACACGCAACAUGUUGUCAGGCGCGCGGAACAAUAUCCGGCUCCGGGUACAGUCGCAUUCGACAGCAGACAUUUGGGAAUGCAAACCAGACUACCACCGUUCGAUCCUAUCAACAAGUAG